AUGCCCACAAUUCGUCUCCUACUCACGCUCUCCCUCCACCGCAACUGGCUGGUCUAUCAACUCGACAUAUCAAACGCCUUUCUUCAUGGAGACCUACCCAAAGACAUCUACAUGUGCCAGCCACCGGGCUUCACCGACCACGAUCAACCUCACGUGGUAUGCAAGCUACAAAAAUCAUUCUACGAAUACAAGGACUGUAAAUCAGUUCCAACUCCGGUCACGCCAGCUACAAAACAGAAAGAACCGAAUCUGCUCCCACAUCCGGAUCCCACCAUAUACCGCCGCCUCGCAGGAUCACUACAAUAUCUCACCAUUACAAGACCAGAUAUCGCAUUCGCCGCCAACCAAGUCUGUCAACACAUGCAAUCCCCCACUGAACACAACUUCAAGGAACUCAAGCGCCCACUUCGCUACGUCAAAGGCACCCUCUCCUAUGGCCUACCGAUCACAGUCGGAUCCCUCGACUUACAAACUUACUCCGACGCCGACUGGGCAUUUUAUACGACCUACCGGAAGUCAAUCUCCGGUUUCUGUUCCUUUCUUGGCCCCAACCUCAUUUCUUGGACGGUCAAAAAGCAGGUAACCGUGGACAAAUCUUCAACCGAAGCUGAGUACCGGUCUCUUUCCGCAGCCGCUUCAGAGCUACUAUUCGCUCAUCUGGACAUCGAAUCCACCACCGCCGUUGAAAUCGCCGACGAAUCCGCCGUCGAUGAAUCUGCUGGCGCCACUGAAUCCCCGGCCACUGUCGAAUCUGUCGUCGUAAACCUUUCUGGGCUUUCCAACCUUCUUCUUCUACCUUCAGCCGUUACUAAGAAAAGGGCUGAAUCGUAA